AUGAGUGGCACGGACGAGCGAACGAUUGAGGCAGGGCUUGCGCCGCGUCUCCGGCAGAUGAUAGUGCAGCACAAGAAUGUGAUGACACAGAUUCAGGCGCAUCUUAAUUUGUUGCCUGACAUGGCUGCUGAUUUGGAAGAGUACGAAGGCGAACGACACCGCGUCGCUAAGCUGGACCAGAGUGCACGAGCAUUGCUCGAUUUGAUGCAUGAAUCAGAGUGUAGAGAGCGCACUUUGGACAUGCUUCAGUCCUCGAUUGCGCAGGGGACUGCGUCGACCGACUUGGUGGAUGUAUACAAACAGCAUGUGGGCGACCAACUGGAUACAUACGAGGCACGUACCUCGCGUCAAAAAUAUGCGCGUAAUGCGCACUACAUCGACUUUCGAUCGCGUGAAGUGAAUGGCGAUGGUGCGAUGCCGCCCUUGGUGGAUUUGAUCCCGGCAGAACCCGGCGAUGAACAAGACACAGCGCAAGACGAGGACGAUGAUAUUGUGGUGGGUGGCACCGUGCUGCAAUAUCGGUGUCCCCUCACGGCCUCGCUAUUGCAGGACCCGGUCAUCAACACCAAAUGCCAACAUGCCUACUCACGCGAUGCCAUUCAUACCUAUAUACGUGACCAAGGGCAUACAGGCUUGCAAGUUGCGUGCCCAGCGGCGGGAUGUCGUCAAUGGGUCUCCAUGACAUCGUUACGCGAUGCCCCUGAUCUGCAGCGGCGUGUCGACCGCGGCGUGGUACUCAGUAUAUUACUACGGUUCUAG